AUGGAGUGCACCAGGCACGCCUUGCACCCAGAUGUGGAGGGGGACGGCUCUAGUGUGAAGGGUGACCUGAAGGCAGGGCAAGGCAAAGGCGCGUGGCCGGCAGAGAGCAGCUAUGCUGGUGGCCCAGGCUGCGUGAGGGACCUGAUGCCUGCCUCUGAGAGAGGGGGUCCUCUCCCUGAAAAUGGGACAGCAGGGGAGGGGCCGGUGACUGGUGCAGAGGGGAAGGGGCUAGCAGCCAACAUGCUGGAGAAGCCCCUCUGUGGUGGGGGGAAGGCUCUGCCCGAAGCAGCAGUGCCUUGCAUGGGGCAGGGCACCGGCCUGCCUGGUGUGGACACUGGUGCCAUGGGGGCUGCCCCCAACCAAUUCCACCCUCUCUAUAUGCCUGGUCUGGAAUACUCGAAUUCAGCUGGGCGGUACCAUAUCAACCCAGGCCUGCAGGGGUUCAGCCCCAUGAUGGGGGGAAAGCCACCGCCUCCUGCCUCACACCCCCAGCAUUUUCCCCCACGGGGUUUCCAGCCAAGUAGCGCCCACCCUGGCAUCUUCCCCCGAUAUCGGCCUCCCCAGGGCAUGCCCUACCCCUACCAGCCACAGCCUCAACCUUCCUACCACCACUACCAGCGACCACCCUACUACGCCUGUCCACAGGGCUACUCAGACUGGCAGAGGCCUCUCCAUCCCCAGGCCAGCCCCAGCGGGCACCCCGCCGCCCAUCCGCCCCUGGCAAGACCCCCUUUCCCAGACCGGGGGUCCACCAGCAGUUUGCAGGGCUGUGAGGCACUGAGUGCCGCCCUGGCCUCUCCCAACCGCAUGGACGUAGCAAGUGCCAAAGAGGUUUCUCCGAGCGACGGGCAGGAUCUGGGGCCUGAAGAGAAGUCCGAGGAGUCCCAGGAAAGGCCAGAGAGUCCCAAAGAGUUCCUUGAUUUGGACAACCACAACGCAGCCACGAAGAGGCAAAGUUCGGUGGCAGCGGGGGAUUUCCUCUAUGGAGCCCCCCCACCGCACCUGGGUUCAGGGAUAGGAUUUGGCCCAUCGGCUUUCCCUUCCCAUGGGGUGAUGCUACAGACUGGCUCUCCUUAUGCAUCCCGGCAUCCUGCCAGUCAUUUCCAGCCCAGAACGUAUGGAUCGCCCAUGAAUGCUCAUCUGUCUCAUCAUUCGGCCUCCGGCCAGGUCAACGGCCUCUCUCAGGAGGGACCCCUGUACCGCUGCCGGGAGGAGAACAUAGGUCACUUUCAGGCCUUGCUGAUGGAGCAGAGAGGCAGUGGAGGUGGCAUGGGGGGGCCACCCCAGGACUUGUAUAGACCAUCGGGAAUGCAAAUGCAUCAGGCUCAAGUUCCCUUCCCGAAGAUGCCUACAGCAACCAUGUCCCGGGAAGAUUUGACGCCACAGAAACCAUCAGCAUUGCCCCUGGAUCAAAGCUAGUCCAAGGAAGGAAGCACCUCACAAAGAUGAAAGCCACGCAUCAUUUGGACAAGGGGGAGGAGGGGCAGGCCUUCCUCCCCCCCUCCCCUCACCCGAGCAGCAUGUAGCUUCCUGGGUCUGUGGAUCAUUGUGCCACAACGGCUUUUGUGUUGGAAACUUGGAGCAGUGUGGGCCCCGGCCAGCCGAGCAGCUGGCUCCCCACCGCAGCGUGAGCAUCACAAACUAGUGGCUUUCCGUGAUUGGAGACUGUGUCUCGUUCAGGGUUUGAGGGAUUUUUGGGGUGGGGAGGGUGGGGGUGGGGACGGAAACUUUCAUUGACUGCUAAACUCAGGUAUAUUUUUCAGGGUGGAAGAGGAUGAUGAUGGAAUUUUACUUGUAGUAUUAACGUGUGUGUUUUGGAGCUGGAUCCAGUUUACAGAAUUUAACCUGUUGC